UGGGAAUCCGAGGCAAAAAGAGGCAGAGAGCAUGCUCAGUCCUAAGAGACAGUCUACUGGAGCACACAUUUAUCUUUUCUUUGAAGGAUACACAUUCUCACAAUCUUUUUUUCUUUAAUGAACACAUCUACAUGGUGAGAAAGGAGAUAUUGAUGAUUUGAGGGUCGAAGAUUAAAUUUUGGACCUUGAAGGAAUUUUUACAAAGAAUGCACUGAGGAGACAUUGCUUUUUGGGAGAACUUUGACACCAUGGCUCAGUUUUACAACUGCUUUGGGGAAAAGACACCCUACUCAUCAUUACUGGCUGGAAUUCCAAGAACAUGUGCCAUUGGUGCUCAUCCAGAUUCAUUAUGAGUUAAGACAUGAAACGUCGGACGUCAUCACAGAACUCUGGCGUUGGAGGCAGUCCAAGUGAUUGUGACACCAUGGCCUCAGGAUCCCCAGAUGCUACAUCCACUGGUGAGCCAUCAGAAGCAGGAGAAGAGUGUUCAGGGAAAAAGAAGUCCAAAUUCCAGACAUUCAAGAAUUUUUUUGUAAAGAAAAAGAGGAAGGAAAGUCCACCUCCAUCGGGAGAAAGUGUUUUGAAGGGCAGUCAUUCAAGUUAUGACGUCAACAACGUAGAGCCACCUAUCACCCCCACAACCAUAAACAAUGAACUGGGAUCCAAGAUCAACAUGGGAAACAAGGCCGUGUCACAUGACAGUGUCUUCGUCUCUGAUUCGCCCUCAUCAGAGACUAACGAGGCUUUGGGGGAAUUACAGGACAGCAUUCACGGAAAAGUAAAAUCUAUACAGCUGCAGCUGAAGCAGACGAUCGGUCUAGGCUCGCCACCGGGACUCCUAUACGGAAGGAAAGGUGAGGACGCUGGGACUCUCUCUGAGGACGAUGGUCUUCCCUACAGCCCCCCGGAAUACUCCAGCCUCCACACUGUGCUGGCUACCCCUCUUCAGUCGGCAGAAUUGAGCCAGAGGGGCAGUACCUUGAGCAUGGAGGCAUCAGACAGCGAAGAUGAUCAGAUGUCUUUUGAAGCUUCAUCAAGGCCUGCCACCCCUCAGGGGUUCGUCCCUGUGGACUUCAGUCUGCCAGCCAGCUCCUUCUCAUGCUUGGACAGCUCAGCUGCCCGUCACCGCAUUGCCGUCAAUGCCAAGGCCUGUGCCAAAAGAAAGCCUGUUAGCAGGCAAAUGUUGGACACCAAGAGAAGAGACCUCAGAGAACGAGUGUUGCUGAGAGACAAACUACGGUUGGUUAAGAGAAUUACAGAGGAGGAAAAUGAUUAUUUGCCCGAGGAGCAGGGUAAUGGUAUAGACCAUGAGAUUCGGGAGUUGAAAACGCUGUCCUUUGCUUCCGAACACGAGGAUGAGGAAGUGCCUGACUCCGGCCAGGGUCAAAAACCAUCUCCAACAUCCUCCAUCUCAUCUGGAGAUUUUUCUGAAGGAGAGGAGCUUUUUCCUGACGAAAAUCACGUCAACAAGUCUGAAGUCCCAGAGUCCCCUUGGGAGAAUCCAGUAGUACUUGAGCUGCAGGCUGAUGACUUCCUGCUGGAUGCAGGAUGUGAGGUCACUCAUGAGGAGCAGGGGUCAUUGCUGGAGGAAGUGCUGAGCUCCCUGAAGGGCCCUCUUGCGUCGGGACUAGCGCUGGAGCAUGAGAACAUGGUUCUUCAGUGUGAGGUUUCAGACAUAAAUAGUGGGAGUCUAGUUGCUCAGAUAGAAGAGGAAGCCAAUAAGCAUCAUCUUGAUCGUUUGGAGCCUAUUGUGACCACAAAGGAACAGGUUCCUCCACCCAAUUCACUUUCAGAAUCCACUACAGAUUCAGAAGAGCUCUCCGAAGAGGCCUUGGAGCAAUUGGAUCAGCUAUUAGAGGUGCCAGAGAUUUCACAAAAAGUGUCUACUGAUGUAGAUCGACAAGUGCCUGAACCCAACGUUGAGAAAGAAGCAGGCAAUGCAGAGCAUGCCAAAGAGGAAGAAGGAAAGACAGAGUUUCAAGAGGAGUUGAUUGAAAAGGCUGAUACGUCAAGAGCGUUUGCAGUGAAUUUGAAGGAAAGGGAUGAAGAUAAGGAAGAGGAAGCUGUCGUUGAGGAAAAAGCGGAACUGGAGAGAGCAACCAAAGUUGGUGGAGAUGAAGAUGAGAAAGACGACUUGACGGUGGUGGAACUGGAGAGAAAAGAUAAGGCUACUACUGUUGGAGAAUCUCAAGACAUUAGAGGUCAGACGGGUCCUUUAGAGCAAGAGAAAGACAAGUCUUCAGGUGACAAAAGAGACUCAACGACAACUGAUGUUGAAAAUUUUGCUGCAUCAGGUCAGACAGUCAGAGCCAGUGCAUUGAACUCAAAAGGGACUCCUGAUGAGCUUGAAGAGCAGCCUGUUGAGGUCCUUUUCUCUAAUUUGUCUCACGUCCUGGAGAGUCCAAUUCUUCCUUCUCUAUUCUCCAAUACGACAAUGCAUACUCCAGAGAAGGAAGUGGAGCCUGAGCCCAACAAACUUCAGGUUGUGUCUAGUACGCCUCAAGAGGUGUCUUCUGAAAAGCUUGAGGUAGUUUCUGAUCAGCAAGUAUUUCCAGAUUCACCACCCAAGAAACAACAGCCAAGCACCCCUGAGGGUCGACCUCAGUUCACCAUUGCCCCUGCAUGGCAACGGUCACUGGCUUCUGGCAUUACCAAAGAGCAGCCCCAGAUCAUCUCGCAGUCUGUACCAGAGACUAAAGCGACUAUUUUAUCAAAUUCAAAUGAAUCCCCCCAAAAAACUGAGUUCCUUACACCUGUAAAACGAGAACAAUCCUCCAAUCCAGCCCAAACUCAGAGUUCACCAGUUCUUCUCAAGCAGAAAGAGAUGUCUCACGUUCAAGAAGAGAUGACCCCAGAGAACCCUUUUGGAGUGCGGUUGAGGAGGACAGCAGUUCUCCAGCGUUAUGGUAUAGAUGGAGAAUUGCCUUGGAUACCCACACAAACAGAGUCUUCGGGGGCACAAGCGAUCCCAGACAUUGACCAACAUGGCAAGAAGCCCAUCUUGCCCAAGAAACCAGAGCUGCUUGUUGAAACUGUGAUGUUGGCCAAGAAAAUCCCAGAAACAGUGGGUAGAAUAUCUGUUGGUGAAACAGAGUCUCCAAGCUGGAUAUCUGUGGCCAGGCAGAAACAGAGGAACUUCAUGGAAAACUCCCCAGAGGCCUCUCCAGAGAAACUUGCUUCACAGGAGGAAGUCAAAAGACAGAGUUCACUGCCCAGCUUGUCAAAUUCAAUCGCCAAAGAGCAACUUACACAGCCAUGUUCAACUAUGAAGGUGUCUUGCUCCCUUGAGAUAUCCAACACGUCCUUGGUGGAGAAGGAUAGUAAGAGCCCAUCCGUUGCACCUUUAUCCCAGCAUGAGCCCCCUUGGCUGGCCUUAGCCAAGAAGAAGGCCAAAGCUUGGAGUGAAAUGCCCCAGAUUGUUCAGUGAAAGGCCCAGCUGGUAUAUGGGCUUCAUAAACACACACUUCAUAACCUUUCCCAAUACACUUCAGUGGCUUUCUCUUCUAUAUCUUUGUUACACUGCAGUAAUGGAUGUGAGCAGUUGUAGGAAACGUAUACAGCCUAAUUUUGCUUAAUCAGAGCUUGCCUGGUGUAAUUAAAAGAAUUGACCUUAUUCAUGCUUAUUCAUGUUAUUCAGGCUGUGAGGUAUAGACUUACCAUCUCUUCAAUGGCACAAACGGUAUAAAGCUGUAUAAAGCUCCUAGAUCACAUCUGAUUUUCCACAACUCAUUUUGGCUGGAGUUUUUUUGUCCACUGAGAGUUCUUGAAAAUGACAUUUUUUUCAACGUUUUGUCCACGGAACGAUCCAAAAACACUUUAAACUGUAGUACUAUCCCUCACAGCCUCGUUGUCAUUCCCAUUAAAAAUCAAAGAUGGCGCUAGCGUGAAAAAGGUCUAUAUUUCACCCAAAAAUGAAAAUUCUGUCAUCAUUUACUCAACCUCAUAUUGUUCAAAACCUGUAUUACCUUCUUUCUGCUGUGAAACAUAAAAGGAGACGUUAGGUGAAAUGUUUGCUUCCGUCACCAUUCACUUUCAUUGCAUCUUUUUUCCAUGCAAUGAUUGGAUGAGUGGUGACUGAUCCUAACAUCUCUUUUUGUGUUCCACAGUAGAAAGUAAAAUGAGUUUAGAAUAACUUGAGGGUGAGUAAAGUACAGAAUUUUUAUUUUUGGUUAACUUUUCCUGUUCCAACGUAAUGAAGGAAAUGGAAAAAGACUGGGGCUUAUGGGUAAUGCAUUCUAUCUGUAUCAUGAUUUGUUGUCCAAUGGAAAUACACAUAAAUAGGCUAUGAUGUCAUACAGAUCUGUGUUCGUAAUUCAAUUGGAGUGUUUCAGACUGAGAGAGAGAAAAAAGAGUUUUGUUACCAGAAAAAUGCGCUCCUACUGUUCAACCUGAAAAACAACAUGUGAAAGUUAUGAACCACCAUCAAAGGUGUAUUUUUAUUCAGGCUCUUUACUAUGUAACUUUGGUAUGUUAUAAUAUAACCUUUAAACAUAAUAACGACACAGUUAUCAUGAAUGGAGCCGAAGGUGUCUUUGUAUUUAUUUAUCUCACUCUUGUAUGUUUUAUGUAUUUUUGAUCUAUUUUUGUAUUUACGUUCACAGUUUUGUGACUUGUACAUAAAAUGUGAAGUACCAAAAAAAAUAAAGAAAAAUAAUAAA